AUGGCCUCUCACCAACUUGCCAUUGCGAAGGCCUCAUUUUCCGCGGGGCUUUUACGCCCAGACCCCACGUCCGUCCCGCGCGACGAGAUUACAACGUUCCAUACAUCACUGGACAGGGCGCUAUCGCAUUGCUCCCCAGCAAACAUCCAGACCUGCAAAGAUUGGCUUCUCGAGUACGUUGUCUCCUCGUCAAAUCGGGUGAAUGUUUGGGCCAAAUACCUGGUCGCGCUGUCUGGUUCGUUCAGCGAAGACGGGCAGCAACCGCAAGCCAAGCCACAGCAAAUCCGGCCCAUUUCUGCAAAGAGGAAAAGGUUACACAUACUCUACCUGCUGAAUGACCUGUUUCAUCAUACCAAGUAUCAUCUGGACUCGACUGCCGCCUUUUCCACCUUGACUGGCUCAUUGCAGCCGUACAUUGUGGAGUUACUGGGCUACGCUGCUUCCUACGACCGAGAGAAGCACCCGAAGCACCACGGACGACUAGACACACUGUUGAAUAUAUGGGUGCAGCAUGGCUACUACGGCAGUGACUAUGUCAACAAGUUGCGGGAGGUGGUCAAGAACUCAGCGUUGUCGGGUCCUGUCAAGACCUCGAUUGAUGUCGAAGAGAGCAACAUGGACUCCGCCCACCGGCUUCCGAGCAAGGAUGUACCAUUCAUCAUGCCAUCUACUCAUGGGGACCCGUCUACUCCUUACUAUGACCUUCCCGCAGGCAACCUUGUCCCUCACAUCAUCCCUAACUCAACUGUUCCCCUUCGUCCUGAUUCGAUCAAACCACUGCAAUUCCUGGCUGGACCAGCGGAUGAAAAGCUGGCGAUCGCUUUGAAAGCGUUCCUGAAAGACGUUGAUCAAAUAUACGGAAUCGAUAGACCAGAGCCCAAGGAAGAUGAAGUAGUCGAUAUAGACGAGCUAGGCCAGACAGUCAUACGUGACAAGAUUGCAGGCGACAUUCUCAGCGGCGACACAUACUACGGGUGGUCUCGAGGGUUUUGCCAGCAAAUGAAGAGGAGGAAUGCGAAAUCCAGCUCUCGAAGUCGCAGCCUAAGCCCUCGCAAGAGAAGGCGAUACAGUGAUAGCUAUAGCGACGACAGCGGACGGAGCAGAUCGAGGUCACGAAGCCGUACUCCACCUCGCAGGUUUGGCCGGUACGAUUCUCGGUCACGCUCUGUAUCUCGAUCACGAAGUGGCCCCCGGCGCUCGCGUUCACGGGAGAAAUCCUAUUCUCCUCGCCCACCAUCACCACCGCGGCCCAUGCCCACACAACACCAUAAUCAGUUUGACAAUGCUGCGCCCCCAGGCUUUCCUCCGCAACCGCCGCCGAUGCAUUUUCAACAAGGCCCACCCGCAUUCCCCCAAGGGAUGCCAGGAGCCCCUCCGCCUCCGCCCAAUUAUCAGGGCCCGUGGCCUCCACCGCCUCCACCUUUGCCAAACUACGGCCCUUCGAACUUUCCGCCGACGUUCCAACCACAAGGUGGACAGUUUCCUCAACAGUUCCCCCCAGUACAUGUACCGCAGGGACAGCAAAUGCCACCCGGGUCCUAUCACUUCCCUCCGCCUCACUCCGGGAGAGGCUGGAAUCAGCAUGGCUACCCAUCUGGUCGUGGAUGGAGGUAA